GAUCCUGUAGAACGUGAAUUCUGCUACGUGGACGAGCACACUUGCAUCGGUUGUACAAACUGCGCCAUGAUAGCUCGAAGCACAUUCUUUAUGGAAGAAAGCCAUGGGAGGGCAAGAGUGUUUCUACAAGACGGGGAUUCUGCCUCAGCUGUGGAAGAGGCAAUCAAUAGCUGCCCCGUCGACUGCAUCCAUCCCGUCACCUUCCAAGAGCUGCAGGUCUCCCUUCCCCCUUGGCUGCCUCGCUCAGUUGGUCUCUACAGGAGCUCGAAGACGAAGGCGACGACGACACUAUCAACAACAAGUCACGACUUGUGGUGA